UUCCCUGAAUCUAGUUAUAAAAUAGGUUGCACGAUAAUAAUACGCUCACAUUUAUUAAAAACCUGUACUUUAUUCUACGUUCGUCGUGGUUUCAGAUUUACUUGUGAAUAACAUAUACGCUCAUUGCGCUGUGGCAACUAUGGGGAGUAUGGACAAGGAUGAUGAUCAGAAUAAUAUUCAAGAACAACUUGAGGCAGACGAUAGACCCAUUCUGACGGAUGUAGAAGGUGACAAGAAGGAAUUUAAAAAUAAACGAGAAUACUCACUAUGGAAGAAGUUACGAAAUUUGGUGCGUUUCGAUAUCAUCGACAUCAGCUUGAAGGUGUUUUUCAUCGUUUUAUCCGUCCCAUGGUUCAUCUCAACUAUCUUUUUCUCCAUAUUCGACACGAAAUGCAUCAUCUUCGACCAGGCUUCAGUAGUGAACUGCAGUCAAGAUUUUCUUAUCUCCAACCCUAGACACUGGGUGCUUGCUUGGUUCUCAAUGUCCCUGACGUCUUCGGUUCUUCUCUUACUUAUUAUUUAUUUGAAUUACAAGAAAGUGAAUUUUCAAGUCGAAAAAGCGAAGAAAAUUUACAAAAAAGGAUAUUUUGUGUCGUUUGUUCUCUUACUUUUGGUGUCCAUGGCGUUUUACAGCAUUCGACUCUACAACGCUAGAUCGGAAAAGACAAGCUUCUCCGUUUCAAUCCUAAUAUUGUUGUCACCCCCAGUUACCAUCCUCUUGAUAUGUUGUUUAAAUUAUUUACCUCGCAUAGCCUGGACGAAAUCCGACCAUCCAUUUUGCACUAUUGCAUGGUGGAAAGAUUGCAUUCACAAAAAUUCGAAUUUUUUCAUCUAUUGGUUGGCCCUCGUUUUGUGUUUUGUCGAAAAUGCCUGUAAAGUGGCCGGUCUGAUGCUCGAUUUGGCCGAGGAUGUCGCACCCUUGAUCGAAAACAAGUUUCCAGAUAAGACUGGCCAAUUCCGAUCGGUUAUGUUGAUAGUCCUCGGCUUCAGAGUGACGUUCCACGCCCGGGUACUUACUUUCUUCUGGCAAAAGAUCUUUCACGGGGAGAAAGAUCUAUUCUCAGAGCCGAGUCAGAGACUUGUUGAGGAAGCUUUCGCACUGGAACAACAGCAAAUGGAAAAGGUUGACGAGGAUAAAUUACAAGGUAUCGUACUAAUCUGAGAGAACAGCUUAUAUCCAUCCAUAAAAAUAACCUAUACAGAUUUCUUCCAAUUCUUUAAAACUAAAUAAUUUCCAGCUAAUUGCAUUGUUCCGUAUUAUUUUUGGAAAUAAGCAGAAGGCUGAUUCCUGUCCUUUAAUUUCUGCAAGCUAACCUCUGGCAGCAGACAUGAUGGUAUAUCUUAAUUACCACGGUUAGGAAUAAUUUAUCAGAUUCAUGCAAGAUCAAGGUGAAAGUUUAUUUUGUCAAGUUAGAUAUAUUUGCCAUCUUGGACAUACAUAUUACGAAGAUGUUAGUACU